CCAUCAUUCUACAUAUGAAGCUAAAAAAGAGGAACUCCCUACAAAUUAAGCGUACGCGUGGCUUCCCGUAGCCUGAAGUAACUAACAGCACAUGCUAAUCGUACGAUUCAAGUUCCCAACAGAACCAAUACACGUCUCUGCUUUAACAAGAGCCGGCUAAGUAAUAGACGGCCCAAACAACAUAAAUGACGAUUGCACCCCCUCAACAUUGAAAACUAGUCAACUAGCUCAUCAAUUGUAUCAAGAAGCAUCCUCAUUUAUCCCUCAUCCUACAUCGUUGCUAUUCCCCGUUACUCUCCAGUUGAGCCAUGGCUCGAACUCAGUCCAAGACAACUCUGGCACACGCGUCCAGGCAGACUCCGAAGCCUACGAUGAAGCCAGCAGCUACUCGGAAACCGUCCGUAUCACAAGCCAUUGCCGUCCCUCUGAGCUUCAUUCUAGUUGUUGCUGCCAUCCUUGCCUUUGCUCCCAUACCACACCCACCAAAUCACGUCAAAAUUCCCAUUUUCGGCACCAGCCGACACUUCAAGACUGGAGAACACUUUUUGCAUAACAGAGUCAAGAAUACCCCGUCAUGGCUCUACCUCACCCUACACGCAGGCCCAUCCAUGGCAUGGAGCGUGCUGAUGCCACUGCAGCAUGUUGCUUGGAUUCGCCGCAACGUGCCUGCUUUUCACCGCACUAGCGGCUACAUCAUCAUGGCCACAUCCCUUCUGCUUGCUCUCACUGGCCUUGGUCUGCUCAGCGACUAUAAGGACAGCCCGCAUCCACCCUUCUUCUCUCUUCAUACGCUGAAUGGCAACUCGCCAAUUCCAUGGCCAACAUUUCGUCUGACGACUGCCUUGUUGGCGGUCCCCUUUCUCUACAGCCUGUAUCGCGCUGCCAUGGCGGGUACGUCGAAGCAGUAUGAACUGCAUAGAUACUGGGCCACCGUCCACACUAUAUUUGGAUACGCGAUUGGCCUAGAGCGACUUCUUCUGCUUGGAACUUAUCCGCUUGGCUGGGUUGCUGCUCUGUAUGCGAAGAUUGAUCUGCGCGAGAUUCUAGGCUACGAGGACACCAUUGCUUCCUUGGCAGAAGCGGAGCAUGAGGUAUUUGCUUUGGUGAAUAUUGGCGUGCUUGCUCUUAUUUUGUUCUGGCUGCGCUACGAAUUUGGUGGUAAGGGAAGCCCGCUUGCGCGUGUGAAGAAGGAAUAAUAUUCGUGAGGCCAAUUAUUCCAUAUAAGAACAUAUAGUUUAGCUAUGAUAGAAUACCUCCAACACCAGUACCAUAGAGAAUAUGAAUAUCUUGACACACCUGACCACUUGAAUUGUCACUCGACGGGAUACAACUGAAGGAAGCCCUUGGCUCGCAAUAACGAUUGCGGCUGACUUGACGCAGUAUGCAGCCUUGGGCGCAAAGUACCGCCCUUCAGGCACAUGAUACACCUUGCACUGCUUUUUGGCGCCGGCCACAGCAGCCGUCCCUGGCCAACAUUUGUG